AGGCUACUCAUGACGCAAAAGCAUAAAGUCCACAGAAGGCAUCAAUCGGCUCAGCAGACAGGUAGAUGAUGGGAACGGGUCAGAUACUGAAGGAUUUUGCACUGAGCGGACUUGUAACGGCAAUGUUUUAGAAUAGCCUUCCAUUUGCGCCUUGGAUUAUUCUCUGUUGUAUCGAUCACUCAUUACGACUGCAUUAGAGGGAACGUUUACGGCUCUGUUGUUCAUUUAAAUUCAUGAUCAGUACAUUAGGUUACUCAAUAAAAUCAAUCAUGGUGAUGUUCAUAAGGACAAUAUUGCUCUAUUGUUUCGUGAUUCUACACUCCAGAUCCGUUAAUUGCAUGGAGAGUGAAAGUGAACUUUGCUACCCUAUUAGACUGGAUGACAAACAAUAUGAGCAUAAUGUUUUUGACAACGGCGAGGAUAUUCUUACGGGGAUAAUUGUUCUUAAAAUAAGCGCCUUCCAGCAGGAGCUAGUGCUUGAUUUGCAUCCAGAUUCAAAUUUCCUUGCCCCCACCGUCUCUGCCUCCAGUCCAGCUGCAAGCGGGGACCUGAGCAGGUGUUUUUACUCUGGUUAUGUCAACUCAGACCGGCUCUCAUACGCAGCGCUGAGUCUGUGCAAGGGCUUGCAAGGCGCAUUCGGUUUCAAAGGCUGGGAAUAUUUCAUCAACCCUGUCCACAAUGACACCACUUCAGGAAAUACCAUGAGCGCCGAGAGCGUGCAUGUUAUCCGGCGCCGUAGCAACGAUAACUUCAACGGUAACUCGACCUCCAGGUGCGCGGUGGACACGGGUCUGAGUCCCGACGUCGCCGCGUCUUUGGAGAAAUACAAGCACUUUUACAAAGGGCACAAUGUGACUGAAACAAUGUUAAAAGGUAUCCAAGGUAGAUCCAAGAGAUUUGCCUCCAUCCCCAGAUACGUGGAGACGCUGGUUGUUGCUGAUGAGUCCAUGGCUAGUUUCCAUGGAGAUGACCUUAAACAUUACCUCUUGACACUCAUGUCUGUGGCAGCUAGGCUCUACAAACACCCCAGUAUUCUCAACUCCAUCAACAUUGUUGUUGUCAAGUUCAUUGUGCUAACUGAUGAUGACAAAGGACCCAAAGUCUCAGGCAAUGCAGCAAUGACGCUGCGUAACUUCUGCACUUGGCAAAAAAAGAUGAAUAAGAAUAACGACAAGCAUCCAGACUAUUGGGAUACUGCCAUACUGUUCACCAAGCAGGACCUGUGUGGAGCCUCCACCUGUGACACCCUGGGCAUGGCUGACGUGGGCACCAUGUGUGACCCCAAGAGAAGCUGCUCUGUGAUAGAAGACGACGGUCUGCCCUCCGCCUUCACCACUGCUCACGAGCUUGGCCACGUGUUCAACAUGCCGCAUGACAAUGUGAAGGCGUGUGAGGAGACGUUUGGGAAGCUGAAGGACAACCACAUGAUGUCCCCUACCCUGAUCCAGAUCAACAGGACCAGCCCCUGGUCCCACUGCAGCGCAGCCAUCAUCACUGACUUCCUGGACAGCGGACAUGGUGAGUGUCUGCUGGAUCAGCCCCUGAAGCCUCUGGCCCUGCCUGAAGUCCUCCCUGGAUCCUCCUACAGCCUGGACCGGCAGUGUGAGCUGGCCUUCGGAGAUGGCUCCAAGCCCUGUCCCUUCAUGCAGCCGCCCUGUGGUCGGCUCUGGUGUACAGGGAAGUCCCGGGGCCAGCUGGUGUGUCAGACACGUCACUUCCCCUGGGCUGAUGGCACCGCCUGUGGGGAUGGAAAGUUGUGUAUGAGGGGCGUCUGCAUGGAUAAGAUGGAUAUACACAAGACUAAGGUGGACGGGCGGUGGGGGAGGUGGGGUUUGUUUGGCUCCUGCUCCCGUACGUGUGGCGGGGGUGUCCAACUGGCCAAGAGGGACUGUAACAACCCAGUGCCCUCCAACGGGGGCAAAUACUGCCAAGGGGUCCGGGUCAAGUACCGCUCCUGUAGCCUGAACCCCUGCUCUGACACAGGUAAAAGCUACCGCGAGGAGCAGUGUGAGGCGUUUAACGGGUUCAGCCUCAACACCAACCGGCUUACUCCCUCGGUGGUCUGGGUCCCCAAGUACUCCGGGGUCUCCCCCAAGGACAAGUGCAAGCUCAUUUGCAGGGCCAACGGCACCGGAUACUUCUACGUCCUUGCACCCAAGGUGGUGGAUGGGACCCCAUGUUCUCCAGACUCCUCAGCAGUGUGUGUCCAGGGGAAGUGUAUCAAGGCUGGUUGUGACGGCAAGCUGGGCUCCAACAAGAAGUUUGACAAGUGUGGCACCUGUGGAGGUGACAACAAGAGCUGCAAGAAGGUGUCAGGACUCUUCACCAAACCCAUACACGGUUACAACUUUGUGGUUAUGCUUCCGGUGGGGGCAUCCAACAUAGACGUACGGCAGCGCGGCUACAAGGGCCUGGUGAGUGAUGACAACUACCUGGCGGUGAAGAACAGCCAGGGCCAGUACCUGCUUAACGGGAACUACGUGGUUUCUGCCGUGGAGAGGGACAUCAUCGUGAAGGGUAGCCUGCUGAGGUACAGCGGUACGGCCGGCCUGGCAGAGACCUUGCUGGCUGUGAAGCCGCUCCGCGAGGCCCUCACUGUGGAGGUCCUGUCUGUCGGUCAAAUGACCCCUCCCCGCAUCCGCUACUCCUUCUACCUGGCCCGCGAGAGCAAGGACAAGAAGAAAGAGGAACGGACGAGGUCACAUAACAGUGUUCUAGCGGAGGACGUGGGUGGGGGGCAGAAGGGAGGAGAAGGAGGGGAUCUCCUGAAGAAGUCCUCAUACAGUAUUGAGGGACCCAUUCCAGGUAAGUGGUCCGCGGCCAUGUGGGACGAGUGUUCGGUGACGUGUGGGAGAGGGGUGCAAGGGAGGCUGGUGCAGUGCCUGGGGCAGGACGGAGAGCCAGGGCUGGACUGUGACUCCAUCGUGAGGCCCUCGGCUACCAGGGUGUGUGGGGACCCUUGUCCGGUGUGGGAGAUUGGGGAGUGGUCGCCCUGCUCCAGGAGUUGCGGGAAAGGCUUCAAGAGGCGGCCGCUGCGCUGUACCACGCAGACGGGGUUGCAGCUGCCCCGGGACCACUGCAGUGCGGGGAAACGCAAGCCACAGGAACUGGACUUCUGUCACCUAAAGCCCUGUUAACACACCAUGAACCCUCCUUUUGUUGCCUCCUAGUCUACAGUACUAUCCCUCCUCAAUGGACUGGUGUGUUUUUCAAAAAUGCUUUUGACAAAGAAAAGACAAAACCAACUAGAAUAAACAAUCCCAAUAAUGAUCCUGAACUUUGUUUCUGGUGUAUCUGGCAUCUGCCUGCAGAAUGGGACAAAUGUGAAGAAUGAAGGACCCAAUGUUGUUGGAAAGACAGAGAGACUGAGAGGGAACUGUGCUGUAAUCUUUAGGUCAUUGGUUAGUUGGUUACCGGUAACACUUUUGAAGAGCCAAUAUUACAGAAACAGUUGGUGUUGUUUGUAUUUUUUGUUACAAUCCCAAUGUAUUCUAGAUUGUAUUCUAGAAUGUCCAUAUGCCAGCAAUCCAUCCAGUUGACCUGAUGAAUCUGGAACCAAUGCACCAUCUUGUCCCUCUCUGGUGUUGUAAAGUUCAGGUUCUGUGGGACAUAGCAGAACUCUAAGUUGCUCGCGAGCCAACUGUCCACGCAGCUUUCUCACCUACUUAUCCUGAAGCCAGACAUUGUGGGAAAAUAUAGAGAAAACGUAUGGAAAAACCAUCUGCUAACUGGACCAAGAUCAUAAUGCCCUUGUACUGCAUGAGAAUACUUUAUACUGCAAAAAUACUUAUUGUAUCCCCUUUACGUCCAGAGGUAGAAUAAGAAUCAGGAGAAAUGGUUGUACUAUACAGAGUAUUGUACUGAGUAUUAUUGCACCGGAUAUUACCAGUAGAUACAGUAUCAUGGUAAUUAUUCCACACCUGGUUCUAGAAUUCACAUGUUCUUAUUAGGAAUUAAUUUGGUAAGCAUAGAAUGUGAUGAUAGGAUGUCUGUUCCGUGAUCCACGAAAAUAAUUGUUUUCCUAUGGUGUUCUGCUCCUCCACGACAUGAAAAUAUGCCUACACAUUUUUUUUGUAAUGACAAAAAGGGGUAGUGCAAUGGGGAUAUCAUAUCUGUUUCCCUUGUGUUCCUCUUGCAAACAAUACAGAAGAGCAGAAAUAAACCUGUCCUUGGAUGCAGCAUAAGACAUUAACUUUCUACAGAACUUUGACAGACAGCAGAACUUCAGUAACGGAAACUGUUACAGAAAUAGAUGCAAAAAUUGUCCUAUUGGCUGCUUUAGAAAAAGCCCCAUACAGUAGUGUAGUCAGUCCCUAGAAGCGAACUGGGACAGGAAAAAGGAAACUCGCUACCGACGCCUCUGUAGUAGUCUGCACUCUGUCACCACCACACCAGUGUGUUAGCGAGAGAGAGAGAGAGCUUUCAGCGAUGUCAUCAUCCUCUACGUUAGGCUGCGCCCAGCCCCACACUAAGUUAGGCUGCGCCCCAGCCCCUGACUUCACCGGCCGUUACCACGUUGUUCAGUUCAGUUUAGCAGAGACCGAUGUUGACUCAGCCUGUUUGAUUCUCCCUCCCUCUACACGGAUUGAGGUGGAUUUAACAAGUGAAAUCAAUAAGGGAUCAUAGCUUUCACCUAGAUUCCCCUGGCCACUCUAUGUCAUGGAAAGAGCAGGUGUUCAUGAUGUUUUGUACACUCAGUGUACACCGUCCAACGAAAUGCUAACUUGCAGAUACCUUCUCCCUUUCAUUCUCCCUUUCAUUCUCCCUUUCCCCACCGUCCCCUCCACACAUGCACAUGGACAGACAGUGUGUUCCAAUAUCUGCACUGGCAGACCACAAGGAAUUAAGCAGUGGGUGUCGGGCAUGCAUUCUUCCAAGUAGUGUGCUAGUAUAGAUGCAGUAUUUGAACUUGUACUAGGACAAGCAUGUAAGCAUCUUUAUCACUGGGUUUGAUUGUGUGUUCAUUGUUGCCCUUAUCAUUCCAAUUGUUGAGCCAGCGGUGCAGCUUCUGAAAUCCUGUCAAAGUGUUUGGCUUAGUUGCCAUAGCCAAGUUAUUAUCAUUGAAAUUAAAUCAUCAAAGUGGUAUAGAAAAAUUUCCUAAUCUUUCUGAGACUGUGACAGAAUGUGUGUUCUGUUGGAGCUCUCUGUUCCAUCCUGUCCACAGCCGGAGCCCUAAGGCGAGAGGCAAGCUGUUCUUUGUACACAGUUAAUGAAACCCCCUGUAAUCCAUUAUAUGCUUCUUGUUUUGGUUCUUCAGAGGGACCACAUUGUCCAUCUACACGAUGGUUCCUGUAUUACUUGGAAUAUUUUAUUUGUCAUUUAUCUUUUGCACUUUGUACAGCAAAAGAGUGCAAUGUCAUGUCUUUGUAUACUAUGUAUACAUCCAUUCCGCUUUGCGCAAAAUAAGUAUUGUAAAUACUUUUUCAUGUUUUUUUGGGGGGGGGGGGGUUUAUCUACGCUGGCAAUUUUUUUUAUUGUAUUUGACAUCAAGAUAUUUAUUCCAAAUAAAAACAUUUACACAUCUGUUCACUCCCCUCUUCAAAAUAUCUUUGGUUCUCACAGUCGUCCUCAGGCUUGUUGCCAACGAUAAAUGAAAAAGCUUCCCACUGGGUACAAACUGGUUGACUCAAUGUAAUUUGUCAAUGUUUUGUGACAUGGAAUCUAUGUGAAAAAUACAUUAGAUUUGAAAAAGUCAUCAAUGUAAACUGUUGUUUUGGGGGUAAAAUUUAAACCACAGGAUUAUUUCAUCAUGGUAAACAUACACAAAUCCAUCUCAACCAAAAAUACAAGUUAAAGAAUGGGACUAAAUCAAAUCAAACUUUAUUUAAAGUGCAUUUUAAGUUUGAUUUAUUUUAGUCUUAUUAUUUAACUUUGAUUUUUGGUUGAGAUGGAGACAUGAAUUCAACAUAUAAAUUAUUAAUUUGUAGACCAACUGGAAUUACAGCCAGUGGCACAGAUGGAACUAUCCAAGCAGAAGAUACAUCUCUUUCAAACUAAUGUAACAUUCAACCUUAAAAUGAUGAACACAUUCAUAGCCACAUUGAGGCUACUGUCUAACUAUGCAUUUCUUCUUAUGAAUCAUAUAAAGCGUGCAUGUUCAAGAUAGCAUGCAUAGGUCGUUGCAGGUCUAUGGAGAUCUUCACAAUUGUUGUAAUAAUCUGUGCAGAAUCUCAAACGGCAUUGAUCACUUGUACCAUGUACUUUUAAUGUAAUCUCAACUCCAAUCCAGGUAAUUUGGUUCUGACCAAGCACAGUGAUAACACAUGAAUCUGUUUUAUAAAUAAACAAAGAUCUGACAUUGUAUUCCCA